CUUACGCUUUCUUUAAGGCCCUUUUCAAUAUGCAGGCUGUUGAGUUGUAUCCUUCUUUUUUUUUCCCCUUUCCAUUUAUGGAUCACAUCAAAUCAUUGUCGUCAUUUAUAAAACCGUGAAAGGCAGCUUCUUUUUUAAUUUGAUUCUUUUACUUUUUCAUAUAAACAAAAUCACAAGUGCAAGUAACAUAUCAUGUCAAAACCAUCGUCAAUUGUAAUGGACCAUAGUGAAAUAACAGAAGAAAAAAGGAUAAAACAUCCUCAAGAUACAGAUCUUGAAAAGAACAAAGCAUUAAAUGGUGCUUCUAUAGAAAUUGUGGAUCAGUUCAAAACAGAAGAAGACGAUGAUGCCGUAUCUGUUGAGUCAGAGACCAACGAAUACGUGCUAAAACAGCCACCGGAUGGAGGUAGAGGCUGGCUAGUGCUACUGGGUUGUUUCUGCGGUCUAUUCUGCACACAAGGAUAUAACUAUAUUUUCGGUGUUUUCUUGAACUACUACAACGAGCAUGUGUUUGUAGGUCAAUUGACAGCAUUAUCGUGGAUUGGCUCGCUAUGGCUAGCGCUGAUGAAUGUUGUAGGACCAUUUUACAGUUGGUUUGUGUAUUACAUUGGAUAUAAAUGGAUGCUGACAACGGCUGUCAUUUUAUGGGUACUGGGUCUAAUGUUAGCUAGUAUAGCAACUCAGAUUUGGCAAUUAUACUUGACUCAAGGUGUAUUGAUGGGUUUAGCCGCCAGUUUAGUUUGGUUUCCGUGCAUCAGCGCCGCUCAACAAUGGUUUUCUAAAAAGCGAGGACUGAGUGUCGGUAUUGCCAUUUCUGGAUCCGGUUUCGGUGGCCUUAUCCUUUCCAACAUACUUCAAGCCAUCUUUGAUAGUCUUGGUUAUCAAUGGGCUCUUCGCAUCAUUGGCUUUAUUUCACUUGUGCUAUUAAGUGUGGCUGCUCUACUGGUGAGACCUCUUAACAAGCCUACAAAGAGUGACGUCCGUUUACUGAAUUUGCGACCUUUCCGUAACUUUCAAUUUUGCUUGAUGUUUGGUAUUCAAUUCAUUGGUAACUUUGCUUUCAAUGUACCUUCUAGUUUCUUACCAGCCUAUGCUCGUUAUCUUGGACUUGAUCCCUGGAUUGGUACAAACAUGUCCGCUAUUAUUUCUGGUGUCAUGAUUGUAGGCAAGAUUACAAGCGGUUUGCUGAGUGAUUUUGUCGGCAGAGCCAAUAUGACCUUUAUUGUUAUUUUUAUGACCGGUGUCCUGUCUCUUGCCCUAUGGCUCCCAUCUACCACGGCUGGGGGUAUUUGGGCUUUUGCUGCCCUGUUUGGUUAUUUUGGCGGCGGUUAUAUGGCCAUGGUUCCUGCUUUGUUGGGUCAAGUGGUUGGUAUGGAUGAAAUUGAAGCAGCCAAUGGUAUUCUUUUCUUUGCUUGGAUCUUUGGUGGGCUAUUCGGUCAGCCUAUUUGUGCUGCUCUUAUCAACGAAGAAAGUGGCCACCCUACUUAUAACUAUGCUAUCAUUUUUGGCGGUGUAUUGAUGACAUUCGCUGGUUUGUUAGCUUUGGCAAUCAGAAUUUUACGUGCUGGCUGGAAUCCAUUCGUAAAAGCUUAGGUUGUACAAUUAUACAUUUUUUUUUAAGGAAAUAGACACUUAAAAUGAUAUCACUUUCAAGAGAUUCUAUAAUCAGCAUACCUUAUACAUUUAUAUCUACAAAAAAGUAACAAUAAACGGAACAAAUAAUUUGUUAAUAUCUAAUCUGAAAUCAUAUCAUCGAAGGGCCA